UGUUGCUGGCACUAAUCUGGAGCAGCAGGUCAGCCUGUUACACUCACGCACUCCCUCGCGCUACACCUGAACAGCAGCGACCAGGCAAAUGUCAGGACCCAGGCCAGUAGUUCUGAGCGGCCCAUCCGGGGCUGGGAAAAGCACUCUGCUCAAGAGGCUGAUGAAAGAGUAUGAGGGCGUCUUUGGGUUCAGUGUCUCCCAUACAACUAGGAAUCCUCGUCCCGGAGAAGUGAACGGCAAAGGACUCAAUUGUCUCCCAUUGCUUCUGGGGGCUACGUUGCUACCCGUAGCAGACGUCCUAUCCUCUGUAUCAUCUGAAGAUUACCACUUCGUCACCAGGGAGAAGAUGCACGAGGCCAUAGACAAUGGAGAGUUUAUUGAAAACGCAGAGUUCUCUGGAAACAUGUACGGCACCAGCAAGUCAUCUAUAGAGGACGUUCAGGCCCAGAACCUGAUCUGCAUCCUGGACGUCGACAUUCAAGGAGUUAAAAACAUCAAGCAGACUGACCUGAACCCCAUCUACAUAUCCAUCCAGCCUCCAUCCAUGGAGAUACUGGAGCAGCGCCUCAGAGACAGAAAGACGGAAACAGAGAACAGCUUACAGAAACGUCUGGAGGCAGCCCGGAUUGACAUGGAGCUCAGUAAGGAACCAGGCGUUUUUGACCUGGUCAUCAUUAACGAUGAUCUGGAUGAAGCCUAUGAGAAGCUUAAAAGUGUUCUUAUUGAGGAAAUUCAGAAGGUACAGGAUGCCAAAAAGUAAGAGGAGGAAAGCCGCCACUUUUUCCUUCCUCAGAAUGGACAUGCAGCCUUUACGUCCAGCCUUCCAGCACACAGUCAGGAUGCAGGAGUGCGAGGAGGCAUUCACAAUAUUGAUCAUCGUUUAAUAUUUCAUUCUAGUUAUGGUCACCACAAAGCCCCCUUUUAUAAGGGAAACUGACACUGAAACAGGUUUAUUUAAAACAAAUGUCCAUGUUCCUCAUCUCCACAUAAUAAACAAAGGCUCUUUUUUUGACUCUCUGGUUCCUCUAUGGAGAUAAAAUGGCAUGUCCCUCUGACCCAGCAGCUGAAAGAUAUGAACAGCUGCAUCCUCAGGGAACAGUCUGUAAGAAUAUCACUGUAAGUGUCACUGACAUAGGGCAUUACUGCUUCAUAACAUAUUAAAGUGGUACCACAUGCACUGGCUGGGGUAGAGCUUAGGACUGUAGAAUCACACGUGCAGAGAUUAGUUCUGCAUGUUGUUCAUGUAUGUACUGGGAUGUUAGUGGUUGACAGUGUUCAAUAAACAUCUAUAAAGGAAAACGCUUGGCUUCAGAAAUGGAAAUGCACUAGAACUGUCUGGAAUUACAUGCAUUGACAGGUAAACUCAUAAGUGAAACUGCUGAGCUGAAAUAAAACUGCGAACACCAA